GCUGGGCCGGCCCGGAAUGCGGUGGGGCAGGGCUAUUUAAGCCCAGGGCCGGCUGGCAACCCCAGCAGCCUGCCCUGUGAGCCGCCAGCAUGGAUGACAUCUACAAGGCUGCGGUAGAACAGCUGACAGAAGAGCAGAAAAAUGAAUUCAAGGCAGCCUUUGACAUCUUCGUGCUGGGUGCCGAGGACGGCUGCAUCAGCACCAAGGAGCUGGGCAAGGUGAUGAGGAUGCUGGGCCAGAACCCCACACCUGAGGAGCUACAGGAGAUGAUUGACGAGGUGGAUGAGGACGGCAGCGGCACAGUAGACUUUGAUGAGUUUCUGGUCAUGAUGGUUCGGUGCAUGAAGGAUGACAGCAAAGGAAAGUCUGAGGAGGAGCUGUCGGACCUCUUUCGCAUGUUUGACAAAAAUGCUGAUGGCUACAUAGACCUGGAUGAGCUGAAGGUGAUGCUUCAGGCUACGGGUGAGACCAUCACGGAAGACGACAUUGAGGAGCUCAUGAAGGAUGGUGACAAGAACAACGAUGGCCGCAUUGACUAUGAUGAGUUCCUGGAGUUCAUGAAGGGGGUGGAGUAAGACACCAACCCUCGCCCAGAGCUGCCUGUGCCACCUUCCAACUCCAUGGUGGGGGCCAGGGGCCGGGGUCCCCAGGAUGGGAGCUUGGAUGUGUCCUCGAUCGUGGGCCCUCCCUGACUGCCUCCCCCAGCCCUAUCCUAGGGAAUUCGAAUAAAGCCCUGCUCCCUGUA